UUGAUUUCGAUACACCUCGGUCAUUGACGUCACACUGAUAUUUCAAGAUGUCUGAAUUUGACGCUUUCGACAGUGAGCCUCCAGCACAAAAUACCGAAGAGGACCCAGCCGCAGCAUUUCUGGCCAGGGAACAGUCUGAAUUAGCGGGGUUAGAGGACGACAACGUCCCACAAGAUAAUGGAGGGGGAGAGCAGUUUGAUAUGUUUGAUGAUGGAGAACCCCAAAUGAUGAAUGGAGCACCAGAUUUCAUGGGUGAAAACCAAUUUGAAGAAAGUCAGUCAAAUGGACCAAGUGACGCAUACUCAGCCAUCUCCUCUGUAGACAAAGAGAGGGCAGAACCCGAGAAACUCAGGAUCUGGAGAGAGGAACAAAAGAUGAGACUGGAGAAGAAAGAUGCUGAAGAGGCACAGAAGAAGGAGGCUUGGAGAGAAGCGGCCAAGAAGGAGCUAGAUGAUUGGUACAAACAUCACAAUGAACAAGUCCAGAAGACCCGGGAGACUAACAGAAAACAUAAUAUGACGGCCGAGGAAGCAUUCAAGAAAGAUAGGGAUACCACACAGCCCGGGGGAGAGUGGGAGAAAAUCUGCAGAAUAUGCGAGUUUAACCCCAAAAAUUCCAAAAACACCAAGGACGUGUCGCGGCUACGCUCCAUUCUCCUUCAACUGAAGCAGACGCCAUUAGUGAGGUGAAGGGGCCAUGCUGUUUACAGGGAUUGCCCUUGUGUGUUGUGAAUGAUCGACGUUAGAGAUUCCGUUGUCAGUGUAUCAUAGACAUUACAACAAGAUUGGAUUUGUAUUUUUGUUGCCAUUAUUAUUUUCCUUGAUUAUUUGAAUUACUCACUUCAAUUAAUACAGACUUAGAAAUCAAUUCAUAACUAGAAAUUAGCAAGAUGUUUAGUCCUUGAAUUUUUUCCCUUUCAUUAUUCAUUCAGUGUCAAUGUAUGUAAAAACGGAAACAAAAGUACAAAGAAUUGUUUGAAAAGAAGUUUACUAGAAUUUUUAAAUUAUACAUGUACAACGUGUUAAAAUACAUGAUUGUGACAGUAA